AUGGCCCCCAUUGCACAGGCCGUUACGGUAUCUUUGAAUGAUUUGAAGAACGGAACUGUCUCUCUGGAAGCACUCGAGGAGGCGUUCGGCCCUGACUCGCUCGGCAUCCUGGUGGUUAAGGACGUCCCCGCCGAAUUCGCUGAGCUGCGCCGUCGUCUGCUAUCUUACUCCUCGUACCUUGGAAACCUUCCCAAGGCUGAACUUGACCGGCUCGAGAACGAAACAGCAAAGUACCUGACCGGCUGGUCGCUCGGCAAGGAGACCUUGAAGAAUGGCCAGGUCGAUAACCUGAAGGGUUCCUACUAUGCCAACUGCGCCUUCUACGUCGACCCUUCGUUGUCGUGCGCCAAGCCGACGGAGGAGUUCAACCCCGAUAACUUUCCCGAGUACCUGUCGCCCAACAUGUGGCCCGCGGAGAGCACCCUGCCUGGAUUCAAGCCUACCUUUGAGGAUCUCUGCCGCCUGAUCAUCGACGUUGCCGUCCUUGUUGCGCGUGCGUGCGACAGAUUUGCUGAGAAGCAAAUCGCUGGUUACCCGGCCGGUUAUCUGGAGGGUGUUGUCAAGACCUCGACUACCACCAAGGCCCGUCUCCUGCACUACUUCCCCGAGGAUGCCAAGGCAGACGCUAAGGAGGAGGAGGAAGGCGACGAGGAUGACUGGUGCGCCACCCAUCUUGAUCACGGCUGUCUCACCGGCCUGACCUCCGCCAUGUUCGUCGACGAGGCGGCCACGCCCCCGGUUGUCAACCCAUCGGCGGACGGCUCGCUUCUCCCUCUGGCCGAGCUCCCUACAUCCCCGGAUCCGAAGGCUGGCCUCUACAUCAAGUCCCGCACCGGGCAGACGGUACAGGUCAAGAUUCCUCGUGACUGCAUCGCCUUUCAGACGGGCGAGGCGCUGGAGCGCAUCACGGGCGGCAAGUUCAAGGCGGUGCCGCACUUUGUGCGGGGUGCGCGGGCUGAAAUGAGCGCCGGACGGAUUGCACGCAACACUCUUGCCGUGUUCACUCAGCCGAACUUGAGCGAUGAGGUUGAUAUGGAGCAGCACAUUACCUUUGGAGAGUUCGCGAGGGGCAUUGUUGCCAAGAACACCGUUUCAUGA